CCAGUUUCCUGUGAAUUAGAACAUCCACGUUGAUACAGAUAGGGGACUUUCGGGACUGUCGCCUUAUGUUUCAUAACGUAUAAAUAAAUAGAUUAAACAUUUCAUAGGCAGCAAGUGGGAACACUUUGAGCGUCCGAAUGUCUGGACAAAACAUCGACCAGUUGCAUCGCUCUACUUUGGGCAUAUAUGCGAGCCUGAUGGAUCAGUUCAACCCAAGUCUACAGAAGCUAGUGGCUUUGGGAAACAGCUACAUGCAGGCUUUCCAAGCCCUUGCUGUAACCAGUGAGGCUUACUUCAGCACCCUUGCUAAGAUAGGGGAGCAGGCCUUCCACACCAUGUCGUCUCGCUCUAUUGGAGAUGUCCUGAUUCAGAUUUCAGAGAACCAGAGGCGACUCACCGCUGAAAUGGAAGCAAUAUUCCACUGGUUCCACUCUGAGGUGCUGCAGGAGAUGGACAACAAUGUCAAACUGGAUAAGGACUACAUAGCAGGCAGCAGGAGACGAUAUGAGAUGGAGGUACGGACCCAGGCCACAUCUUUGGAGAGGCAGCUGAGGGGAGGGGCUUACCAGGAUGAGUACAUUCACUUCCUGAGGGAUAGUCAGCGCGAGGCUCUGAUGGAGGAGGAAAGGAGAUACCGUUUCCUGGCUGAGAAACACUGUGGCCUCACUCAGUCCGUCAUCUAUCUCAUGAACAAGACAGGGGCAGGGGGAGGCCUACAGCAGAUAGCUGAUGGAUGGAGAGACCAGGUCAACGCCACCAGAGGACCUGGAUCCCAGAACCCCUCUCGCCUGGACCAGGACAACACGUCCAGAAUGAGGGAGGAGGACAGGGGGAGCCAAUGGUCAGGCAAAGAGGAGCAGCCUCUGGGAAGAGUGCCCUCCAGAGGCCCAUCACCCCAAAACACCCGUUCCCGCUCCAGCUCAAUUGGGGAGUCCCUAGGUCUGGGUGGAGGUGGAGGAGGGAGACCUAUGAGAGCUCUGGUGUCCCACCCCGCUAACUCCAACAGCCCCACCCUGCUGCCCUUCUCCCGAGGGGAGGUGGUGAGCGUGCUGGUGCAGGAUCCCCGUAACGGCUGGCUCUACGGCCGGGCAGAGAAUAGCUCACGGUGA